CGUUGGGAAGAGUCUCUGCUCCAAGUCGUUGAGAACUACGAUGCUCGAGCGAAAGCCACGGGCAGCUACUGCGACUAUGCAUACCAUGUCAUCAUCACGAGACCCGAAUUAGAGACACUCAAAAUUGAGCUUCCAGUAAUCGUUGAAAAAUGGGGCAUCACCUCUUGCAAACUCUUCAUGACUUAUGCUGCUUUACAGCUUCGAGAUAAUGAACUCUUGGAUGUUAUGUACGAAGCCCGCAAGCUUGCGAUCACUACUAUGAUUCACGCUGAAAAUGGCGACCUCAUAAGCUGGCUGACAGACAAACUGGAAGAGAGGGGAAUGGUAGAACCCGGCUAUCAUGCAGAGUCUCGACCGCCUAUCGUUGAGAUGGAGGCGACCAGCCGAGCCAUAGUUCUCGCUGAGAUGAUUCAGAACCCGGUCCUUUUUGUGCACGUCGGUUCAGCAUCUGCAGCCGAGGUCAUUCGAAACGCACAAACCCGUGGCUUCCCCGUUUUCGCUGAGACAUGCCCGCAAUACCUUCAUCUCACUUGGGAAGACCUGAAAAAGUUCCAUUCCCCCCAGUGUUUCGAGAACUCCAAGAUGAUCUGUUCCCCUCCCCCAGGACCUGAUGACUCUGAUCAGGAAGCCCUAUGGACCGGUCUGCGCAACGGUACUUUCACUAUCUAUUCUAGUGACCAUUGCCCUUUCCGUUAUGGAGAUAUCGAUGGCAAGGCUCUCGGUGUUGUACAGCAUGAGGAGAGUAUGCAGAGCGUAACAUGCCCAGUCGAUCAGGAUCAUGUACACGAAGUCAUGCACGGAAAAAGCGGUCAUUUUAAGUAUAUCCCCAAUGGCUGCCCGGGGAUUGAGACCAGACUCCCUCUUUUAUUCAAUUACGGUCUCAGUGAAGGACGUAUCACGCCUGAGCGUUUUGUAGAUCUGGUAUCCGCCGCACCUGCUAAGCUGUAUGGAUUAUAUCCUCGAAAAGGUGCCCUCUUGCCUGGCCUUUCUGACGCUGAUCUUGUCAUUUGGUAUCCUGAAAAUAAAAUGGUACCUUUCAGCCUCACCAAUGAUCAUUUACACCAUGGUGCUGAUUACUCUCCGUAUGAGGGCAUGAUGUUCAACAACUGGCCCCGUUACACUAUCAUUCGAGGCAAAAUUGUCUGGGCUGAAGGAAAGCUUUGCGGCUCGCCGAAAGAUGGAGAGUACUUGAAACGACAGGCGAGUCAGCUUACCAUGUCGGCUGUUAAAUCCAUCGCGAAUGAUAAACGAAGAGUCGCUACUUGGUUGUAUGACAACAAUGGGAAGUAAAGAGUACAAGUAUCUAUAUUACUGAAUUAUGCAUCAAGCUGUUGGCGCA